CACGUCUGUAACAAGAUUACUUAAUCUUUCCAUCAAGAGCAACCAUUUCCCAAAGAUUUGGAAAUGUGCUAAGGUCACGGCCCUAUUUAAAUCAGGUGAACGUUCCAAUUCUACAAACUAUCGUCCUAUCUCGGUCUUGCCUACUCUAAGUAAGAUCUUAGAGAGAACCGUUCACUCGCAAUUGUAUAGCCACCUAACUACUAACAACUUGCUCACAAGCAAGCAGUUUGGAUUUCGACAAAGGUACUCAACCAUCACUGCCCUGACCAACUUUGCGGAUGAAACCCUGAGUAACAUGGAAUGUGGAAGGCUUUGUGAAGCUGUAUUUCUAGAUUUGUCGAAGGCAUUCGAUACAGUGGACCACAGCAUCUUACUCCACAAACUUAAAGCGAUGGGUGUGUCAUCUAGCACCGUAGGUUGGUUUGAGUCCUACCUGAGCAACCGGAUGCAACAAACGUCUUGUGGAAGUGAAUUGUCAGACGCUCUUCCUGUCACUUUUGGAGUACCCAAGGGGAGCAUUUUGGGCCCACUUCUCUUUCUCGUGUACAUAAACGAUCUGCCCAGUAUUACCAAUAAAUGCAAUGUUUCCUUGUAUGCCGACAACACAGUCUUGUAUUGCUACGCCUCAGAUGUCAAUGAUCUUGAAAAAAAUCUUAGUGAAGAUUUACUCAAGUUAGCGAUUUGGUUAAAUGAGAAUAAGCUGACACUGAAUUUAAAUACUCGAUCAAUGAUUAUAGGCAGUGAUAGGAAGUUAUGUAAUGUAUCUUCGAUAUCUGUCUCUGUCAACAAUACUGAAGUCUCCAACGCCAGCAAUUUCAAGUACUUAGGAGUCACCAUCACAGCCAACUUCACCUGGUCAGAACAUAUAGAUCGCAUUUUCGCUAAAGUCAAUCAACGCCUAGGUCUACUUCGUAGGAUUAAACACCUGCUACCAUUUAAUGCACGAAUCCUUUUUUAUAACAGUCUCGUACUCCUAAUCUUUGACUACGCGGAUGUUAUAUGGGAAGACAAAAAUAAUACAGUGCUAAUGAACAAUCUUCAGAUACUCCAGAACAAAGCCGCCAAGAUUGUUUUAGAUAGACCAUAUUUUUCAUCGGCAACAGACGCGUUAAACAUCUUAGGCUGGACCACUCUUGAACAACGCAGAUUGUAUCAUAGAUGUUUAUUUGUUUUUAAGUGUCUAAAUAAUCAUACUUCACAUGGAUUUGAACUUCUAGCGAACAGAGAAAUACACAACUACAAUACGCGAUCUAAGGACAAUUUAAGUCCACCUAAAGUGUCAAGGAAUUGGGGAAAGCAAAGACUCACUUAUCAGGCCAUAACAGACUGGAACAACUUGGACAGAAAGAUAAAACUAUCUACUAGUAUUUCUACAUUUAAGAGAAACUUUUUUAGCAAUCUUUGAACUUUCCCUCGUAUAAUUUUUUAAUAAUUUUCAUAGUUAUGUAGUAUAUGCAUGUCUUCCUUGUAUAAUAGUUUAUUUAGUUCAGGAUCUUUCUGAAAAUCACUUUGUGAGAAAGCUUCCUGAAAUUAAAUAUUAAUUAAAAAAAAAACCCAAAAAAACGACAAAGGCACUGUCAGCCAUUUUUGCUCAUGAAACACGAAGCGCGGAAAAAAUGUUUCGACUUGCAUCUUUUUUCCUAGGUGAAAAAGUUUGCCUAAAAUUUUGCACAGUUGUUGUUUAAAGUUAUUUAAAAUUGAUUUUUCUUAAAAAGAAGACCAGCUUUUUUGUUAAAACAUGAUUUUUUCACCUAGUUUUGACCUGGUCUCACAUGAAACGACGAAGGUACUGUCAGCCAUUUUUACUCAUGAAACAAGAAGCGCGGAAAGAAAUGUUUCGACAUGAUUUUUUUCCUAGGUGAAAAACUUUGCCUAAAAUUUUGUACAGUUAUUAAUAAAGCUAUUGAAAAUCGAUUUUUAUUAUAAAGAAGACCGACUUUUUUUUGUUAAAAUUAAACACAGCUUUUCGGCUUGGUUGUGCCAUGGUCUCACUCGAAAGGACAAGGUCAAUGUAAACAUGUUUGGCCAUGAAACUCAAACCGCGGAAAAAAUGUUUUUAUUUAUAUUUUUUUUCCGGGUGAAAAACUUUGCUUAAAAAUUUGCACAGUUGUUAUUAAAGUUAUUUAAAAUCGAUUUUUCUUAAAAAGAAGACCGGCUUUUUUGUUAAAACAUGAUUUUUACCGGCACUGUCAGCGAUUUUUACUAAUGAAACACGAAGCGCGGAAAAAAAUGUUUCGACUUGUAUCUUUCUCAGUUCUCUAUGACGUUAUUAAUAAAAGAUAGUCCCAAGCUAUAGACUCGCAGGAAAAACCGUAUCUUUAGAAAAAAUAUCCGUUUCAAGCACUUUAUAUCUUUAAAACUGUACUGACCUUUUCGGCUGUUCUAGACAAACCACAUUUUCUUUAAUACAAUUUUCUCUCUUGACUGUAGCAUAAACUUUAAGUAUACAUAAACUUCUCAUUCCAUAUAGUUCAUCCCAGAGGUAAAUCGUUUUGGUGUUCAUUUGCAAAUGAGUUUCAACUAGCCCAUGUUUCUUAUUUUAACUCUUGGCGUGUCUUUCUUUUCAAAUGUUGAUAUUCGAAUGAGAAUUUCCCAUAUUCGCAAACCUACGGGGGGUCCGCGCAUCACACAUAGAACAGGGGCGUCGUUGCCGUUUCCACGCCCGUAGUUUAUAGCGCCCUGGCCCAAACAUUCCAUAUUGAUGACGUCAAUGCACUCUGGAUCUGGGCGUCGCCUCCAAUUGGCUAGCUAGUUUAUAAUUAUUGCGUAAAUUACUAGAGAACAAGAAGUGACAUUUCAACAAAUUGCACGUCACAAGCACUUCAGGUGUAGGAAAUUUUGCUUCUUUUAAAUACAUGUUCCUAUAGUGUUUCCAAUUAUAAGCUAUGGCAACAUUUUAAAAAGAGCAUGCUGUCACACUCCAUUAUCACACUCCUUGGGUGUCAUUUACGGCUUGAAAUUGUUGCCUCUUUUGUAAAAGCAACAAUUUCUACCUCACCACAAACUUCACAAACUUUUUAUCAGCAACACAGUUAAAGUCAGCUAUAGUUGCAUGAACAAUGUGAGAUCCAUCAUUACUCAACACAAUGCGCGCAUAAGUAGGAAAAACCUGCCACAUAACGAGGACACAGACAAUUAUAAUCGUAGGAAGGCAUGCAAGACUAAGGACAUAGUAUACAAGGCAACUGUCACAACAAGCAACACAAACAGCAUGAAACACUACAUUUGCAUGACAUCAACCACCUUUAAAGAGCGAUACCGAAACCACAACAGGUCUUUCAAUCACAAAAAAGUACUCAAACGAUACAGAACUUUCGAAAUAUAUUUGGAAAUUAAAAGAAAACAAACAAGAUUUCGACAUAACCUGGUAAAUACUAACGCGCAGUUUCUUAUACGAGAGGAUCAAAACGAUGUAAUUUGUGUUUAGAGGAAAAACUCUGUAUUUUGAAGGAAGAAAACAAACAAUUUUUACUUUACAAAAAAUUGGAAAUAGUUUCGACAUGUAAUCAUAAAAGGAAAUUCCUAGUAAACAUGAAUGAUAAUAAUGGAAGGAAUACAUGUAUUGUUUCACGCCCACGUUUCCGACCGUAAACAUUUGAGCAGCCCACAUUUCGACUGAAUUUGGCAGAUACUAUGGUUAUACAUUCAACCCUGAAACGAAUAACUUUUCCACCCAGCUGUACAUAAAACCUAUCCACAACAAUGGCAUCGUUCCAUGGGAAAGUCACGGAUCCUUCGCAACCAAACGAGCUAAAGAACUCGUUAAUUGUGCGAUAGAUGCUAUGUUAAUUGUUAGACAGAUGAUGGAGAGAAAACUAGAAUUCCAACAGGAGAGCCGCUGGGGAUUAUUGGACUUAGAGAAGGGGUAUGACAAAAUUAAGAGAGGAAUGAUCCCACCAGCCCUGCGAUGGUACCACGUUCCAGAGAAUCUGAUAAACAUGGUGAUGACGUUGUACAGAACACCAGGUAUAUAAGUGGGAACAAGUUUUGAUUAAACUAAGGCAUUUGAAGUGAAAGUAGACCUAAAUGAGGAUUCAGCCCGCAGUCCACUGCUGUUCAUAACACUGAUGGACUGCAUCAGUAAGCAGUGCCCGAUGGAGAGAGGGCAGACGGUGAUUUAUGCUGAUGACAUCGCUUUGGAGGCCAAAAAGACAGAGGAAUUACAACAAGCAGUAGAGAUGUGGACAACAAACUGGCAGUACAGGGUAUGAGUAUGAGCAAGAAGAAAACGGAAGUACUAGAAGUCUCAAGAGGACAACCAGUGCCAAGGCUGGAGAAUAUAGUGGGUGGACAGCAACUGAGACAAACAACCGGUAUCUAGAAAGCUGGCAACACGAGAAUGGAGAUUUGGACAGAGAGAUACAGACAAGAUUGCAGG